CGUGCGCUGCCAGCAUGCGGUGCCACAAGUUUUGGGGACCAUGUGCGGUUGGGUUCUAUGUGUGGACGGCCGUUCUCUUCAAAGGAUCUUUGCAGGGUGAAUACCAGCGGAGGCUGUAUAAGGAGCUGCUGGCAAACUACAACCGAUUAGAGCGACCGGUGGUCAACGACUCCGCUGCCAUCCUGGUGGAGUUGGGCCUCACACUGCUGCAGAUCAUAGACGUGGACGAGAAGAACCAAGUGCUGAUGACCAACGCCUGGCUGCAGCUGUAUUGGACAGACAUCUAUCUGAGCUGGAAUCCUGACCACUACCCCGGUGUCCAGAACCUCCGAUUCCCUUCGGAUCAGGUGUGGACGCCUGACAUCCUCCUUUACAACAGUGCGGACGAACGGUUCGAUGCCACCUUCCACACUAACGUGCUGGUGAACGCGUCGGGUUACUGCCAGUACAUCCCCCCGGGCAUCUUGAAGAGCACCUGUUACAUCGACGUGCGCUGGUUCCCCUUCGACGUGCAGAAGUGUGACCUGAAGUUCGGCUCGUGGACCCACAACGGCUGGCUUCUGGACCUGCAGAUGCUUGAUGUGGACACCUCCACUUACAUACCUAAUGGGGAGUGGGACCUUGUGGGCGUGCCAGCCAAGCGUAAUGAGCUGUAUUACGAGUGCUGUAAGGAGCCCUACCCUGAUGUGACGUUUACGGUCACUAUGCGCCGCAGGACUCUCUAUUAUGGAUUAAAUCUCCUCAUUCCCUGUGUGCUGAUCUCAGGCUUGGCUCUGCUGGUCUUCCUUUUACCAGCAGACUCUGGAGAGAAAAUCUCUUUAGGCAUCACCGUGCUGCUGUCGCUAACUGUCUUCAUGCUCCUGGUGGCAGAGAUCAUGCCUGCCACAUCCGACUCUGUUCCUCUCAUUGCUCAGUACUUCGCCAGCACCAUGAUGAUUGUGGGGAUGUCUGUGGUGGUGACAGUGAUCGUGCUGCAGUUCCAUCAUCAUGACCCUCACGGAGGCAAGAUGCCCAAAUGGGUUCGGGUGGUUCUGUUGAACUGGUGCGCCUGGUUUCUCCGUAUGAAACAGCCUGGCGAUGAGCGCAAGCGGCGUGGCUACAAGUAUCGUCACGCCACCCAGCAUCACUCCAGCACCAGCUCCAUCGAGAUGGGAACGGUCCCGAGCCUCACGGCCCCCCUGUCACAGGCGUCCUGCCCGCCGUGCCCCACAGGCACCUCCAACGGCUCCAUGAGUCUCUACUUUGGAAACUACCAUCCCAUCGAAAGCCCGCACUGCCCGCCGUCCAGCGACUCGGGGGUAGCCCUGGGCGGACGUGCGCACGGCUCCCCCAGCGACGAAGCCGAGCCGCCAGGAGGGGUGAGCAGCGGAGCCGGAGGUCUGGGGAUGGGAGUAGGACCUGGGAUUGUGAGCAUCCCUCCACCGGAGAUCCAGCGAAUCCUGGAGGAGGUGUCGUAUAUCGCCCAGAGGUUUCGGGACCAGGACGAAGCUGAAGCCAUCUGCAGCGAGUGGAAGUUCGCAGCGGCGGUGGUGGAUCGGCUGUGCCUGGUGGCCUUCUCGCUCUUCUCCAUCAUUUGCACCUUCACCAUCCUCAUGUCGGCACCCAACUUCAUAGAGGCUGUUUCCAAGGACUUCACAUAACUGGCUACAGCGAGACAAAGCGGAGGUGGCGAAGUGCGGAGAGACCAUGAGAGAAAGUG